AUGAGUAUGGAACCUUUCAGGUGUUUAGAGCUCGCAAAAUUUUUGAAAGAAAUUUGCACCAAUAAAAGAAAAUUGAAAGGGAAUGAAAAGAUUUCAAUGAAUGAAAAUGCAUCCGCAGUUUUGCAAAGAAAACUUCGACCUAAAUGCAAAGAUCCGGGAAUGUUUACGAUUCCUUGCAAGAUAGGGGAUGUAACUUUUAGUAGUGCCAUGCUUGAUCUUGGUUCUUUUAUUAAUGUCAUGCCCUAUUUGGUAUAUGAAUCGUUAAAUGUUGGCCCUUUAAAUGAAACCGGUGUCAUAAUUUUAUUUGCGGAUAAAUCAAGUGUUUUUCCUAGAGGUGUUGUAGAAGAUGUUUUGGUGCAAGUGAAUCAAUUGGUCUUCCCGACGGAUUUCUAUGUGAUUGAUUUAGAGGAACAAGUUUCCUCCAAAUUGGCUCUAAUCUUGCUUGGAAGACCGUUUUUGAAAAUGGGUAGAACAAAGAUUGAUGUGUAUGCCGAAUUGUUUGAGUUGUCUAAUAGUGACAUGUUGGAGAUUAUUUUAAGCAAAGGGUUCGAUUAUGGGAAGCUAGCCGAGAAAUUGAAGCUUUAUUCUCUAGAUCUGGAAGUUGAGAAGUUGUUCAACAAUUUGGAAGUGAAGAAAUCCACAAGGUUUGAUGUCAAUCAAGUUGAGUUGCCUCCAACUCAUACAAAGUUACCACCUUCCCUUGUUUUUGAUGGAAGAUGA